CGCUUUCUCUGCUUUCCCUCCCUACUUCUUGUUAUCAGCUGUUUCCUACCAUCACCAGUCCAUGCAUUAUGGUGGAUGUUGCUCCUCUGCCCUCUCGACGCAAAUUAGUCGGGCAACCUCUCCUUUACGCUAUUUCUGUAUUCGCUAGUUUGGGUGUUUUCCUGUUCGGAUAUGACCAGGGCGUCAUGUCAGGUAUCAUCACCGGUCCCUAUUUCAAACAGUUUUUCAACAAUCCCGGUCCCAUUGAAAUUGGUACCAUGGUCGCAGUUCUCGAGCUUGGGGCACUUGCCACGUCGAUUGCUGCUGGUCGUGUCGGCGACAUAAUUGGCCGGAAGGGGACCCUCUUCACUGGAGCUAUCGUUUUCACCAUUGGUGGCGCUAUUCAGACAUUUACCACAGGUUACUACAUCAUGAUCGUUGGUCGAGUGGUAAGCGGCUGUGGAGUUGGGCUCUUGUCGACGAUCGUUCCUAUAUAUCAAAGCGAAAUUUCUCCACCUGAUCAUAGAGGCGCGCUUGCGUGCAUGGAAUUCACCUGCAAUGUUUUCGGCUAUGCAACCUCUGUUUGGGUGGAUUAUUUUUCUUCAUUCAUCGAAUCAGAUCUUUCUUGGCGCAUUCCCCUUUUCCUGCAAUGCGUCAUCGGAAGCAUCCUCGCUGCGGGAAGCCUGGUUAUUCCUGAGAGCCCUCGAUGGUUGAUUGAUACUGACCGAGAUGUUGCCGGAAUGAGUAUUAUCGUGGAUCUGCAUGGAGGAGAUCCUGAUAACAUCCUCGCUCAAGCGGAAUUCCAAGAAAUCAAGGACAAAGUCAUUUAUGAGCGUGAACUUGGGGAAGGACGCUCGUACGCUGUGAUGUGGAAGAAGUAUAAACGACGCGUGUUGCUUGCCAUGUCUUCCCAAGCAUUUGCUCAACUGAAUGGAAUCAACGUGAUUGGAUACUACGCUCCAUCUGUUUUUGAAGAGGCCGGGUGGCUUGGCCGUGAUGCUGUGUUAAUGACGGGUAUCAAUGCGAUCAUUUACACCUUGAGCACCUUACCCCCCUGGUACCUCGUAGACCGUUGGGGUCGUCGCGUUAUUCUACUUUCUGGUGCCGUUAUCAUGGGCAUUGCCUUGGGCUUGACUGGCUGGUGGAUGUAUGUUGACAUACCAGCUACACCCAAUGCUGUGGUAAUUUGUGUUAUCGUCUACAAUGCUGCAUUUGGCUAUAGUUGGGGUCCCAUUCCAUGGCUCUAUCCUCCCGAGAUCAUGCCCCUCACAUUCCGCUCCAAAGGUGUAUCGAUAUCAACUGCAACCAAUUGGGCAUUCAAUUUCAUCGUCGGAGAGACAACUCCAUACCUCCAAGAAGCCAUUACAUGGAGAUUAUACCCUAUGCAUGGGUUCUAUUGCGCAUGCAGUUUCAUUCUCGUUUAUUUCUUAUAUCCCGAGACUAAAGGUGUUCCUCUCGAAGAAAUGGAUGCCGUGUUCGGUGAAGAGGAGAGGCUGGAUUAUGAAUCCGAGCGGGCAUCUCUGAUGUCUAAUGCCCGCAGCCCUUCGGUACGUUCUGGCUCCCGAGUCACAGAACGUGGAUGGGUUAGCCGGCUACUCUAUCGUAACGACAGGAGCACAUACCAGCCCAUCGGUGAGGGCGAUGAAUAGGAACUCGCGAGGAUUGAAGGUGACCACGUGAAGGCGCACAAAGAAGAUACGAGGGAGCAGCUCCCGCCCUCCUCUUCUUCACCCACGUCUCCUGUUACUGCUACGGUUGAUAAUUGAAGUGCUGUUUAAUUGCGAGACAGUAUGCCAGUGUCGCAUGCGGCAACGUUACUUCUCUGGCAUGUUCUUUCAUUUACCACCAGCAGUUGUGCCUUUCAAUCCUCACGAUACACUACGUACUGGCCCACAAUUACGACUUCACUUCGUUGACACCAUUCAUGUAUCUUACUGGUCAUUACUGUACUUCCAACCACAAUAUGAUGCGUUAUAUAUA